AUGGACCGGCUAAAUGCUCUGACUCAGCUGAGAGAGCUGCAGCUGGCCCACAACAACAUCCAGAGGAUUGAGGGAUUGGAGCUCAUGUCCAGUCUGCAGCAUCUCGACUUGUCCCACAACAGGAUCGACCACGUUCCCUCCUGGAUGACCAAGAAACUCCACUCACUGAACAAACUCCACCUACAACACAACGUCAUCACAUCUCUGUACGAGGUGUCCAGACUGCGUUCUCUGAGCAGCCUAUCAGAGCUGUCGUUGUCAGGAAACCCCGCCUCCUCGCUCCCGCACUCCCGCCUCUUCCUGCUCUACCACGUCAGGACUCUGGAGAGGCUGGACGACCUGCCAAUCACCCAGGAGGAGAGAGGCCACGCCCACCAACGCUUCAGCGCCGAGGAGCUGGAGCGUCUGCAGCGGGAGGUGGACAGCAGCCAAUCAGAGCUGAGCCGGCUGCAGACGGAGCAGCUGGCUGCAGCAACUCGACUCCACCAGCAGGAGGAGACGAACCGAACACUGAGGGCUCACACAGAGACACAACGACACACACACACACUGCUGGAGCAGGAGCUACACACCAAGAGUCAGCUGUUGGAGAAGACGACAGCUGAGUUGACCCGAGCCUUUCACCGACGGUACGAGCUCGAGCAGGAGCUGACCUUCUACAAGAUAGACGCCAAACUCAGCCCGCUGCCCCCGCAGCGUACAGUGGACACUUUGGACUCUUUGGCUGAAAGUCCAUACAUCGGCAAAGCUCGACACAUCAGGAACACCAUCACCUCGGCUCCUCGGAACUCCUCCUCCUCCUCUCUGCAGACCCAGGAGGGGUCAGACGUUCACACUGACUUGGAGACGACACGCCCCCUGCUGGAAGACCGCAGAUCAGAACACAGUAAAGCUGAGGCUGAACUCCUGCCAUCGACCCAUCAGACAGAUGACCCGACACCAGAGGAAACCAGAGCACUCAGACAGCAGGAGGCGCUGUGCCGUCUGCUCAGUAAACUGUCCGUCCUGGAGCAGCUGAGAGACGAAGCUGACGAGAGACAGAGACAGAAGGACAGACAGACAGACGAGAGCAGGAAGACAGAGAGACAGACAGAAGAGCUGGAGACACAGCUGCUCACUCUGGAGACCACCGACCCUCAACAUGCCCAUGUGACCUCCCGGCUGUCCAGCCGGAGGCAGCUGUUGGACAGGAUGAGCGGGAGGCAGAGCGAGCUGGAGGGUCGCCUCGACGACAUGCUGUCACGCAUCGCCAUGGAGACGCAGGAGAUCAAAGAGCUGGAGCAACAGCUGACCGACGGUCAGAUUCUGGCUAAUGAAUCUCUUCAGAAGGAUUUGGAGGGAAUCAUCUGUGGCCUUCAGGAAUAUCUGAGAGGACUCAGAGAGCAGGCUCGUCGUUCUCAGCAGCAGGUUGACAGUCUGCAGCUCCUCCUGGAGGACAGUGAGGGUCACUGCAGGCAGCUGGAGGCCUCGGCCGGGACUCUCAGACGGGACAUGUCCGUCCAGCAGGAGGCGCUGUCUGUGGUUCAGAUGGAGGCCCAGGCUCUGAGAGACACACAGGUGGAGAGCAGCAGACAGCAAGUGGAGCUGGAGGCGGAGCUCCAACAGCUGAGGGAGGAGCUAACCCGACAGACCACAAUGGGACAGUUGCAGUGUGAUGCUCUGCAGGCGGCAGUAGACAAAGAGAACCAGAACUCAGAGAUCAGAGAGUCUCAGCUUCAGUCCACCGUCGACUCUCUGCAGGAUGAGAACUCAUCUCUUCAACAAGAAGUCCAGAGACUUCAGACCCGUCUGGACCAGACCAAAGCCCACCUACACCAGACCAGAACCCAGUACAAAGACACCAGGACCCACGUAGACCAGACCAGAAUCCAGCUGGACCAGAUAACAGCUGCCAUGAUGGAUCCUCAGGAGGUUCAGAGUGGACCAGAGGAGCUGGAGGAGGACAAGUACAGUCCCCUCAGUCCUCAGGACAUGUUGUCCAGGAGUGUGGAGCAGCUCUACAGGGCCUCCCAGCAGACCAGAACCAGGAGGGGGCAGCUCCAACAAGACCAGAACCACAGACAGGAACAGAUGGAAGGACUGCAGGCCCAGCUAGUCCAGGACCAGGACCACAUAGCAAAGCUGGAGGCCCAGGUGGCCCAGGACCAGGACCACAUAGCAAAGCUGGAGGCCCAGGUGGCCCAGGACCAGGACCACAUAGCAAAGCUGGAGGCCCAGGUUGCCCAGGACCAGGACCACAUAGCCCAGCUGCUGGCUCCGGUGGCUCCGGUGGCCCAGGACCAGGACCAGGAGCCGGACUGGAGGCUGAAAGAGGAUCUGCAGAGACUGAGAGUCCGACUGCAGAAGUCUGAGAGCAGAAACAGAAACGUUCAACACAAACUGGAGGAGCAGCUGCGUCACAUCGGUCUGCAGCUUCAGGAGGUCCAUCAGGAGAGAGACUCUCUGCUGCAGCAGCUGCGUUCACAGAGCGACGGUCACCAGAGGAGCCUCGGACGUCUGAACAGGAAACUACGGCAGCUCAGCAGGUCCAUGUGUGACUCUGAUCAGCUGACUGCAGAACAGCUGAAGACAACCGCUGAACAGCUGAGAGCUCUGAACCACAUGGUGGAGGAGCUACACACACACACACACCAGACGGACGGCAGCUUCCACCGACCUGAAGGAGAACAUUCAGCCACGCUGCCGUCUGAACACAUGGAGGAGGAUAAAACCCAGAGACACAGACAGAAGCUGGACCGGACCAGGACCAGGACCAGGACCAGAGAUCCUGGACACAGUGCUCCCAGUCUGGGCUCUCUGGGGACUCAGGACUCUGGUCUGGGUCUGCAGUGCCUCAGUUCUCCUGAGGGGCGGCACCAGCAGCACAGACGCUCCGCAGGAGGAGGAGGAGGAGGAGGAGGAGGAGGAGGAUACUGGGUCUACGUCCCUCCGACACACACCGACUCUGACCCAGCAGCAGCCGAGUGGAGAGACAGCGGAGGAGGCAGCGACGCCGACAGGACGCCUCCUCCUCCUCCUCCUCCUCCUCCUCAUCCUCAUCCUCCUCCUGGACAGGCUCCUCAUGUCGGACCAGCCUGGCUGCUCUGUGGUUCACCAGCAGGAGGCGCUGCUCUGCUCUGUAACAUCCCAGAACACAGAGACACGCAGGCAGACGGGUGUGUGUGUGAGUGUGUGCACAAAGAAGCAGAGCGACUGGUGGAGGAGAAGAAGAAGAAACUCCGACUGGAAACCAAACAGCUGAGACAGCACAGGUAACACACACUGAGACAGCACAGUGUGAUGCAGGUGUGUGAUGAGGUGGAGUGUGUGGAGAAGACUCUGCUGAAGAGACGAGCUGAACUCCGUCAGGCUGACCGACUGCUGCUGGAGGCUCAGAGCUGCAUACACACCACCAAAGACAAGGUGAGCUCAGCUCAGGACAGCGCCCCCUGUCUGCUGGAGGCCAAACAGCACAUCAGAGCGCUGCAGGAGGAGGUGGAGGAGCUGAGGAGGAGGAGACAGGAGGAGGAGCAGAGUCUGAGGGAGGUGAAGGAGGAAGUGAGGAGCAGAGAGGAGGAGCUUCACUCAGCUUCACAAAAGUUAUCUGUGCUGCUGUCAGACCUUCAGGAGUCUCAGCAGUGUCUGGACUCCCUCAACAUUCAGGUGGAGCAGCAGGAGCAGAGGCUGGUUCAGAGGAGGGAGGAGCAUCAGACAGCUGUGAUCAGAGUGGAGGAGGUCAGAGAGGAGGAGCAACGGCUGCAGGACAGAGUCAAGGAGGUGUUGGAGCAGCAGGAGGAGGUGCUGAGUCAGAGGAGCAGCACAGCUUCUGCUCUGAGAGAAGAAGAGAUCAGACUCCUCACACACAGAGAAGAGCUGAAACAGGUCCUUGAGGAGUUACUGGUAGAGCAGCAGGCGCUGGAGGAAGUGAAAACCAAACGCACCCAGAGUCUCCAGAGGCUCCACAAGAAGCAGAAUCAGCUGGACAGACUGAAGGACGAGGUGGACAGACUGAAGGACGAGGUGGACAGACUGAAGGACGAACUGGACGGGACACAGGAGGAAGUGGACAAGAGGAAGGACGAGUUAGACAGGAAGCAGGAAGAGCUGGACGGGACGAAAGAUGAACUGGACAGAACCAGGGAUGAGCUGGACGGGACACGGGAUGAAGUGGACAAGAGGAAGGACGAGCUGGAAGAGAAGCAGCAGCAGGUGGAGAGGAAGACGGAUGAACUGGACAGAAUGAAGGAGGAGGCAGAAAAGAAAAGGGAAGAAGUGAAUGAGCUGAAACAGGAAGUAGAAUCCAACAGAAAGGAGACAGAGAUUCAUCUGAGAGAGACAGAAGGACAGAGAACAGAACUGAAGGAGCUGCAGGAGGAGCUGAGCAGGAGGAGGGAGGAGAGGAGCAGCCUGCAGGAGCAGUGUAAACACCUGGAGGCCAGGAGGAGGCACGCUGACAGGAGUCUGUCAGCGGCGGAGGCGGAGCUCACUAAACAGAGGGAGGAGCUUAGCCACGCCCAGAUCCUCAAACAGGAAGUGAUCAGAGAUAUGACAGCCACUCAGGAGCAGCUGAACGAGAACUCAGAGCUGCUGUCUCUGCUCAGUGAAUGUCUGGAGGAGAAGAAGAAACACCUGCAGACUCUGGAACAGGAGCUGAAUGUGUUCAGUCAGCAGAGAGAAGAAGACCUGAAGCAUCUGGACAGACAACUAGAAGACAGACAGGCUCUGUGUGUUGGACUGGAGGACGUUAACGCUGCAGUGUCUCAGUUAGAGGACAGGGGGCGCCGUCUGAACGAACAGCAGCUGGAGCUCCACCAGCUCAAGGAGGAGCUGUGGCAGAGGGAGAAACAGCUGACCCACAAGGAGGAGGAGCUUAGACAACAGGAGGAGGAGCUGCAGCAGAAAUGGGAGGGGCUAUUUGGAAUGGAGGUGGAGCUUCAAGUGAAAGAGGACGAACCAAAGAAGACAGAGGAGGAGGACAGCAGGGAGGAGUCAGAGGAGGACGGGUCUUUCUACUUGUCCACUGCUGGUCUGAGAUCAGCCUUCAGUAGUGGGGAGGAGAGGCGGAAGGUUGAACUACAGAGAGAAACUCUGAGACGACAAGAGGACCGACUGAAGGCUCGUCUGCGCUGCAGUUUGUGGAACCAGCAGGAGAAUCUGAAGGAGAGACGACUGGAGACAGAAGAGACACUUCAGGGACUCAGAGAGAGCGUGGACACUCUGGACUCACUGCUCACACACAACACAUAACACAUAACACACAACACACACACACACACACACACACACAACACAUGAGACAUACACACACACACACAGUGUUGUUUGUUUGUUUGUUUGUGUGUUUGUUUGUCAACAGGCUCUUUAUGAAACACAAAUAUAAUGUCGGCUUCACCAAAGCCUGGUGUGUUCAGGGUUAGUAGGAAUAUUGUCUUUUCAGAAUAAGGACAAGAGUAUUUGAAUGUAAACGUAGUCGUUGUGUAACGAAAGGUGGAGGUGAGUUUAUUUAUUACAAAACGACCUGAAUGAAGUCACUGUCUGGAGCCAAAGACAUAAGUCAAUGUAACUGAAUAUUCCUGAUGUCUGUGAAUGCAACACGUGAGAGAAAACAGAGCUGAGCUGCAGCACGUGGUGCCUUCAUGAAAACAUGUAAAACGUAGCUUUGCUGUGUAAAUAAAGAUUAUUUUCUUUGA